AUUUUGCCAUGCUACACCUACAUGUUCUAUUUCAAUGGUAGAAAUGGUUCAACGCAAUGGACGUAUUUAGGUGUAUCCAGGCGUGAGAACAUCGCAAGGGGCCACUUCACGGGGGCGUAAAGCACAGUAGUCAUUUAACAGAGGAAAAACUGCACAAAUAGCUCGUGUUCAUCAGUGCGCGAGCAUUAUACCGAACACCAUGAGCAAAGGGUAUGAGUUCGGAAGCAUCCUUAUGCUGUUGGCACUGUUUACUUUCAGUGAUGCAACAAGUCAAACUGUCAACCAGGAGCUUUCCAAUAUUUUCAAUGAGCUCUGGAAGUUAGACGUGAACCGCCUGAAGGCUGGAACAGACUACAAAAUCACAUUGCAGGGCAAGGCUAGGUAUAUACCUCAUGGAAGCACAAGUGUGGUAGAUCGUGCCUCAUCACCAUUGUUCACUCGUGUUGAUGAAACUAAACUGAACUCUAUCACCACAUAUGCAUGCUUCAUAAAGCUUUUGGAUAACUAUGAGAGGUCCACUGGUGUGGCAGAGAGAGUAACCGCUGAGGAGGUGACAGAAAAUAACUCCUUUUUGGAUGCUAUCUUAGAGACAGCAGUCAUGAAGCGUGCAUACCGGUACCUGGUUGAAAAGGGGAAAUCACACUCAGAUCUGAAACUAUUUAAGAGUCAGUUGUAUUACAUGUGGUUCCGCCUCUACCAUAGAGACAGGAGCGGAGGGGAGGACUCCAGUGGAUUUGAGCAUGUGUUUGUUGGGGAAACCAAGUUUGGCAGAGAAAUCAUGGGGCUCCACAACUGGGUUCAGUUUUACUUGCAGGAAAAGCAGGAGCUUCUAGAUUACAAGGGCUACAAAGCCAAUGAACUGCCCAAUGAGGAUGAUCAUGUCUUGAAUGUGCAGUUUAGUUGGCAUGGUUUGGUCAAGCCAGUGGCGAGUGCCUUUAUUGGUGUGAGUCCUGAGUUUGAGAUGGCCAUCUUUACCAUCCUGUUCCUAACAUCAACUGAGAAGAGCACCGCAGCCGUGGUCAAUCUGGAUGUGUACCAGCUGGAGAUGGUGGUCCAUAGACAUGGCCACUCUAUUGGGACCGCAUAUCCCAAACUGCUGAGAACCAACAACAGGAGAAAAAUCAUACAUUGUGGUGAACAAUCGGACAAAAUGACAAUCCAUAGCCAGUUUAUGGCUGAGCCCCUCCCUAACUGUCAAAGCAUGAAAAAAGUGGCUCCAUUCUGAUUGGAUCCUGGUCGACCAACACAAACAUGUGCCGAGCCACCAUCAGAUAAGUUACUUGAACAACUGCCAGACACCUCUUACAGAGCAGUAGGUAAGGACCUACACAAUGGAGAGGACUUCUCAUUGGUCCACGAGUGGUUUCUUAUGCCCAAAAUUCUUACCAACCUAUCAAACCCUAUGCUCUAAUACCAGAAGUGAAAAAGGAUCGUAAAUUUCCUAGGACUUCCGGGCGAACUAAGUGAACAAAUAUUAACUUACCAUGUGGCAAAAGCUGAAACAAAGAAGCCACAAAGAAGACCAGUUUAUGCAUAUAUAUAUAUAUAUAUAUAUAUCCCCUAAAGUGGAUAUCAACUGCAACUCAUCCACUCAAUGUUCUCUCACAGCAGAUUUCAAUUUCCGCCUUACUGGAAAGGUAUAAAUCUAUCCUCCGGAUGGCCACACCUUCAUCCUGUGUCUCAGAUCCUGAGAGAAAGGCGACAAUAACAUAAUAUGAACCUACGUUCUGAGAUUCUGGCUGGCAAGGCAGGAGGCAAUAUCAAAAUAUGCAUCAUUAAUGGCAAACAGAAUAUAACAAUUCAAGCUCUUGUGUCCCGAGUCUGGCAAUCAAGGGGGCAAUCAAACAGAUCAUCCAAUUUUCCAUCCUAGACAGACAGUAGAAGAUCGACCAAGUACCAAUCUCACUAAAAGAGACAAUAGCAAUGCCAAGUUUGGAGUCCACAUACCAGGGAGAUAACUACAGAAAUACCAGUGACAAGGUUUAGCUCUAGCGAGCAAACUGCAUCUGCAUAUUCCAGAUUGCUAGAACCCCCUCAGUGCUUUCUGGGAGCAACGUUCCUCAGCUCCUUCGUGUGCAAGGCUGUGGAAACAGAAUCCACUGUAGCGUGUCCCUGAACCACCAGUGGAAGACGUCGCUAUCACCGAACUCAUCAAUCGAUCAAGCAAAACGUACAUAUAUCACUAUCCAAACUUCUCUCCAGAGACUUUGGCAUUAGUGUAUACUAUCAGUUUAUGAUUAUCUAAUGUUCCUUAGAUUGCAUAACCUGUUUAUCAAAUGUCUAGAAAUAAUCUUAUUUCUUUAAUUAGAAAAAAGGUUUUCACUUCAUUUACAGAGAAACAUCUAUAUCUUUUCAUAUUAUAAUAAUAGUCAUACUUUGCUACAUCCAAUUCAACCACUUGCAACUUGUGUGAUCCAUCUAAUGCACUUUAUUUACCUAUUCAUUUACAUUAACCUUUAACAUAUUUGUACCAUUUAGUGGUUGUUUUUCUUGUGUAUCUUUUUGUAAAUAAAACAAAAACAA